UGCAAUAACUGCACUUCAGUUGAUGGCUGGGACUUGCUAUUGGUGCCUAAACGGUUCUGGAUAAGCUCUGAAACAUAAGAGGAUAUAGAUAGGUCAAAACAUGUGAUGCUGUGUAGCAUGACAUUGGUGUAAAACAUGUGCCCCCCCUUCCCAUGAGGUGUAACUAUAGAGUAAGCUGUGAUUGCUGGAGGCCAAGGAGGUAUGGGGCGGCAGCUAAUACAUGUUUAUAUAAAUGCCUUAUUCCCAAAGGUAGAAGGCCUUCAAUUUAUUUUGCUCUGGGGCCCAGUCACUUGGUUACACCAUUGCCCCCUCUGUCCUAUAACUAAGCCCUUUUGGUUGUACACCCAGGCACAGCUUCUGGUACUUUUUCUCCAACUGUACAAUAUACAACACUCCAAUGAUCCAGGUACUACUUAUAGAGCUGCCACCAUUUCAGGAAACAAAUGACAGCCUUCCAAUAUUUGUAUUUACCCUAUCAAUAACAUUAACUCAGUUUACUAGACCAUUAGGAGGGAGUAGAAGUCAUGGCAAGAGUUACCUAAUGGCUAAAGUGCCCAUUGUCCUUAGAUUUAGUAAGGACUAAUAGCACAAGGAGCGGUGCCAAUAUCUAUAAUCCUGCUUGCAAAACUGCUGCUAUGUAUAGGCGUUCCCGGAACCUUCGCGCUGUGCCUGUGUUUCUGGAACGGAACCUUGAGGCUAAACGCCACCGGAAGAGUCGCUGCUGCAAGAUGGCGGCGCCGGGUGUCCUUAGUGGUGCGCUGCGGGCGUUCCGUGGCUUCCGUUUCGCUUCCACUUACCGCAGCGCUUACAGCCUGGAGCGUCUGUACCCGGGCAGCGAUCUCCGCACUGCAGCGCUAGGAGACCAGGGAGUGGCUGAUAUCCCUGUGGACCGCCUGACUAUCUCCUAUUGCAAAAGCAGCGGCCCUGGGGGACAGAAUGUCAACAAAGUUAACACCAAAGCUGAAGUCAGGUUCCACUUGGCCUCCGCAGACUGGAUUCCAGAGGAUGUCAGGCAGAAGAUCUCUGUACAGUGCAAGAACCGCAUAAACAGAAGUGGGGAGUUGAUUGUUGUUUCUGAGCAAAGCCGUUACCAGAUGGAAAACCUGGCGGCCUGUCUGGAGAAAAUCCGUGGUAUUGUGGCGGAUGCCGCGAAGAAGCCAAAAAUGCUGAGCAAAGAGGAUGUAGAAGUCCGAAGGGCAAGGGUAGAGAAAAUGAACCGCGAGCGACUGCAACAGAAGAAGAUUGAAUCUACCAUAAAACAGAGCCGGCGAGCGAGCUUGGACUGAGAGCAGUGAUAGUGAAUGCUGAGACUCGCAGUUCAGCAAUUGCUGGGACUUCUUAUGUUUUGGACCCAACUCUUAUUUGGGGAAAACGUACUGCCUAGGAAAUCUAUUGGCACCGAAUCAUAUCAAUCCCUGAGGGCUCCGGAGCCGAAGGUCAUGCUGGGAAGCAGGGGGUUAGGGGUGCUUGCUGAUCUCUGCACCCCAAGUCUGUUUAUGGAGGCUAAAUAAACUCAUUAUGAAACUCA